AGCACAAUCGGCUACACACUAUUGGCGUGGUCACACUGUUUUGUAUUUGUACACGCGAUUUAGGCAGCAAAAACGUACGAAACCGAGUGUUUAAUUUCUGCCAGUGAUACCGCCGCCCGCGGUCACCAAACCUAACGAUCGCAACAAUCCCGAGGAAAACACCAACCCCUCGUAGGGAAAGCAGCACACGAAAUAUCCUCCCAAAAAAGGAGGAAAAAAAUCGCAAGUUGUUGUUGCCAUUGCUGCUGAAAAAGAAAGAGAGAGAGGGCGCUGCGCGUGUGCAUGGGUGUGUGUGUAUUAUUGAGGGUGUCUCUCUCUAACGCACAGUGACUGUGUUUUCCUUUUUUCGAUUUUUUGUUUUUGUGCACCCCCGCCCCCAUCUUCCGCCGCCCCCAACAACAACAAAAGUCCAGCGAUCCGUUAUUUGUGCAAGUGUAAUCAACACAGACUCUGUGUGCGUGUGUGUGUGUGUGCCGCCAAACAAAAACAACAACAAAAACCGCGCACAACAAAACAAUUCACACACACGCACCCUCCCCCGCCUGCGGCUGUGUGUGUGUGUGAGUGUGAGAGAAAGAGAGAGGCAGAAAAAUCGAAGAAGUACUGGCCAAAAAAAAAAACGCAAAGAAACACACACUUAUAUAUUUAUAUAUACAAAAAUACCAAAACCAAUAAUAAAACAAACAAAAUACAAUUAAAAACUGUGGGAUAAAUCAAGGAAUAUGUCCACCAUUGAAUUUGAGACGAUCGGCAGCCGCCUACAAUCCUUGGAGGCGAAGCUUCAGGCCCAAAAUGAGUCCCACGACCAGAUCGUCCUAUCCGGUGCCCGCGGCCCAGGCGUUUCCGUUUCGUCCGCCCGUGUUCCGCCCCUGGCAGCAUCCGCAUCCUCAUCAGCAGCCACAUCCGCCGCCCACGUACCGCCCUUGGGCUUGGGUUCCGGUUCCGGAUCCGGAUCUGGUCUUAGCAUAGCCCAACGGCCUGCACCUCCAGUUCCUCAUGCGACAUCCGUCGCCACCGCCUUGUCCUCAUCCGCAUCCGCCUCUAUUUCAUCCGUAUCGUCGACAGGAGCCUUUGGCGGAGCAUUUACCCCGCCCACAACUAGAGUGCCGCGAGCCACGCCCACACUGCCCAUACUCUCAAGCGGUCCUGGUGGCGGAAUCAACCGGACGCGACCGGUGAUACUUCCGCUGCCCACGCCGCCGCAUCCUCCAGUCUCGGAAACAGACAAAAAGCUAAAGAUCAUCAUGGAGCAGACUGGGAAGCUGAAUAUCAACGGUCGGCAAUAUCCAACGGACAUCAAUGACCUCAAACAUUUGGGCGAUCUGGGCAAUGGAACCAGUGGCAAUGUGGUAAAGAUGAUGCACCUGUCCAGUAACAUGGUCAUUGCCGUCAAGCAGAUGCGACGCACUGGCAAUGCGGAGGAGAACAAACGUAUCCUCAUGGAUUUGGAUGUGGUGCUGAAGUCGCAUGACUGCAAGUACAUUGUGAAGUGCCUCGGGUGUUUUGUUCGUGAUCCGGAUGUAUGGAUCUGCAUGGAACUGAUGUCCAUGUGCUUUGACAAGCUGCUCAAGCUGUCCAAGAAGCCGGUACCAGAGCAGAUUCUUGGCAAGGUCACAGUGGCGACUGUCAAUGCAUUGUCCUAUCUGAAGGACAAGCACGGGGUCAUCCAUCGCGAUGUGAAGCCAUCGAACAUUCUAAUCGACGAGCGUGGCAACAUCAAGCUCUGUGAUUUCGGGAUCAGCGGUCGCCUGGUGGACUCCAAGGCCAACACUCGAUCCGCCGGCUGUGCAGCUUAUAUGGCGCCUGAGCGCAUUGACCCCAAGAAACCAAAGUACGACAUUCGCGCCGAUGUAUGGUCAUUGGGCAUAACGCUGGUAGAGCUAGCCACUGCGCGAUCUCCGUACGAAGGAUGUAAUACGGACUUCGAGGUGCUCACCAAGGUGCUGGACUCGGAGCCACCGUGUUUGCCCUACGGCGAGGGCUACAACUUUAGUCAGCAAUUCCGCGAUUUCGUCAUCAAGUGCCUCACAAAGAACCAUCAGGACCGACCCAAGUAUCCGGAGCUACUGGCCCAGCCCUUCAUCCGGACGUAUGAAAAAGCCAAAGUAGAUGUGCCCAAUUGGUUUCAGAGCAUCAAGGAUAACCGGCUGCGUGCCAAUGGCGAUCCAACGCUCCAGAGGGCAACGGCGACUGGAAGUGGAGCCGGCUCUGGUUCCGGAUCUCUAGCAGGAUCAGGAUCAUCCGCAGGUGGAGCUAUUAAAUAUGGUAGGACAACGUCGUCGACGUAUACGGCGCAGAGUCCAACGAAUCAGCAGAAGACAAUAAAACCCACUCAGAUACCGAGUUACCAGCAGCAACAGUCGCAGUAUUUCAUGCAAUCAGCCACACAACUACCUCAAAUAACAACAACAACAACAAAUACCACAACACCAACGUCAACGACUAACUGUUUCGGUGGCAGCAGUAGCGGUAGCGGUAACAACGGAAACGGAAGAGGAAAUGGCAGCGGAAGCGGAAAUGGUAGCGGCAGCAGUAGCAGUGCCAGCCCAUUAUCGCCACCAAGCGGCGGGAUCGGUGAUCUAAACCGACUUUAUCGCAAGUCGCCGUUCAUGCAGCGAAAACUGAGCAACGGAUCCCAUCAUCCGCACUACAAAUACAACGAUGAGAGUCCCAAGAAGGAGUCCAUGUUCAGUAGCAUCGGUCAAUCGAUUUUACGCAAUCUGACAACAUCGCCCUUCAGCCAAAAGAAACAUAAUUCAGCAGCAGCGACUGCAACGACAACAACACCACUGCCGCACAACAACCAAACAUUAUUCACGGAUGCUGCAACGGCAACGACAACAGCAACAACACCGCCAAAUAUUGCAGCUGCAGUGCCGCCCACAACAACGCCAACGACCACGCCCACUUGGCGCCUGCCAGCGGACAAUUCCCAAGCCUACGACAGCUGUGAUAGUAGUAGUAAUGCGACCACGACCUUGAACUUGGGCCUCUCUUCACCCUCACCAUCGUUGCCCCGCAAGCAAUUCUCCACUGAAUCGCCGACCCUGCAACUCGCCAAUCAGCAACAACAGCAACAGCAACAGCAACAGCAGCAGCAGCAGCAGCAACCACAGCGAUUGCAGCCGGGCAAUCAGAGUCCUAUAGUACUGCAGCGCUUCUACCAUCAGCAGAAUCAGCUGCGCGAAAAGGAGGCGGCGGAGCGGUAUCAGCAGCAACGUCAACAGCCGCCCUCGUCGCCGGCCAUGGGAGUGACCAGUACCAAUCCGUUUCACAGCAAUUAUGUGCCGCCGCCGCCAUCGACGCACUCCACCUCUAGUCAAUCCUCCACACAAUCGACGUGUUCACAAAUCGCCGUCAAUCCCGCCAGCUUAUCGCCAUCGACGGGAUCGGGAACGGGCACAAUAGCGGGAUCAGGGGCAGCUGGUCAUUUUGGAGCAGGGGGCACUGGUGAACAAAUGCAAUAUCAACCUUUGCCCAUUGCUGCUGACUCAACAGUGACGAGUCCCACGAUGCUGCCCAGAUCACCGGAGCAACAAUCGGAUUAUGGUGGAAGCAGCUCCAUGGUAUCCAGCAAGCUGAGCAAGCUCUAUGCACGUCGACAACUUUUGGGUCAGAGCUCGAGCAGCGGGGCAAGCACCAGCAGUUUAGAUGGUUGCAGCAGGGAUCAGCAUGAUGCGGGCUGGUUCAACACACUUGCCGGCGCCAUGAAGAGACAGUUUGCCACCUAUGUUAAAACCCAAUUGAAUUCCACAGCCACGUCACCGGUGGCCGCCAGCAUGGAUCGGGACCAGGAGCCUGGGCAUCCGCAGCCACCGGCCUACAGGAGCAUCGUGAACAAUGGCAGCGGCGGAAAGUCCUACUACUAUCGCACCUUGUCGGCGGCCAGCAGCAGUAGUAAUACCAGUCAGAGCACCUCGCCGACGACGGAACCACUGCCCGGAGGCGGUACCAGUAGCUUUCUGCGACGCUACGCCAGCAGUGGACCGGGAAUGGGCGGCGGUGGUGGCAGCAUUAGUACACCGCCAAGUCCACACAUCUUGGCAGGUUUGGAUCGCAGGCAUCGAAGUCCGGAUCCACCGCCGCGGUACAAUCGUGGACAAUCGCCGCUGUUGCUGCGUAAGAAUCUGCUGGAGCUCAGUGGUCAGUCGCCCGGCUCACCGCUCCUGCACCGAAGAUACGUGUCGGCCUCGCCACCGUUGCCGCCGCCACGUCGAGGAUCUGAAAGUGUGCCUGGAUCACCGCAGCACUUUCGCACCCGCAUCCACUAUACGCCCGAGCCCCAGAGACGCAUCUACCGCACGAUAGAUCAAUGAGUAGCACUGCAAAUCAUGGUCAUGUGAUGCUGGUACGGCUUCGACGACGAUGCCGCCGCCGAUGCUGCUGCUGCUGAACACGACGAUGAUCAGGAUGGUGUGCUAUUGGAGCCCGUUUCCUUGCCCAUCUCAUCGUCGUCGUCGGCGGUAGUUGGCGGCGACUCGCUGUCGAUGCCGGCGUAUGCCGAUGAACUGGCCACUAGAUCAUCUGAGGUCGAACGACGAUUGACCGGUGGUCGUCGGGCAUAUUCGGCCAGUGGAUCGUAUGCCAGCCUGUAUUCGGAUAGAGAUGAGUGGCCAGGACGAGCAUCUAGCUCAGCGGGAAGAGGAGGAUCGAUGACCAAUAGAACUGGAUACCCGUGGACAUGUGAUUGAUGACAAACGAAAGUGUUCAAAAGUCUUAUACGUUUAAGUGCUUGAGCCUCAGCGAAUUCAUUGGCAUCCGCUAAAAUCUGCUAAAAACAAAAAAAAAAAAAAAAAAAGAAAAGAAAACACUUAGUUUCGUUGCGCAGCUGCAAAUUGUACAUAGACAUAUAUCUGUAGGGAUCCUAUAUAGACACAACCGAUAAUAGUGCAAUAGUUGAAAGCAAUUCUGUUCAUCCCCUUGUAUACCCUGUAACCAAAUCUAUUCUAUCUUCUAUAUAGAUAUAUAUAUAUAUAUCUCCCCCUAUCUGUGUCUGUAUCUCUCCUUCAAACGGUAACUCUGUAAUCAAAAGUUUACACUUUACACACAACAAAGAAAAAGUAAAUUAUUUAAUCGUAGCUCUUAAAACAAAAACAAAAAAACAAAGGAAAAAUAAUAGCUAAAUCGAAAGGCGAAAAAAAUCCAAGAGAAAAUUAAAUGAAAAUGUGAAAAUUCAAAUGAUUUGUAGCUUUGUAUAUAGAGAGGAGGCGAAGUGCAAAAGGUCGUUGCAUUUGCUGUUUGCAAUUUGUUUUAGUUUAAAGAUUUCAUUAAACAUCAACUUGUAUGCUGAGUGGAAGGGAAACCAACAACAAAACAAACAACAACCAACAAACAAAACAAACAACAUUAACAAUGGAAUUAUUGUACUGAUUAUUAUAAUUGUUUAAUUUAUUAUGUAAGCGGCAACAAGCAACAAUUCAAAUUCAAA